AUAGGGGGCAGCAGAGCAUUGACGCUACCGGAAACGAUAGGAAAGAAGAAGAUGAUCCCAUCAUGCUUUAAUAAGGAUAGUUGUGAAACAGCUACUUUGUUAUGUAGUGAAAUGUGGAGCUGUUUUUGCGUGUGUUUUCUUUGUUAAAGUGUGAACAUAUAUUCCGGAGCAGUCGGCUGCUGAAGUGAAUUUAAACGAGGCCUGUAGCUUGUUCCAGCUGGAAGAAAUGAGCUCGGUCCGACAGGAAGGUAAAGACAAAAUCAUAUUUGUCACCAAAGAGGAUCAUGAAACGCCGAGCAGUGCUGAGCUUGUAGAGGAAGACCCCAAUGAUCCAUACGAGGAGCAAGGUCUGAUUCUCCCCAGUGGGGAGAUAAACUGGAACUGUCCCUGCCUGGGCGGGAUGGCCAGCGGUCCCUGUGGGACUGAAUUCAAGGACGCCUUCUCCUGCUUCCACUACAGUAAGGAGGAGGUGAAAGGCUCUGACUGCCUGGAGCAGUUCAGGACCAUGCAGGAGUGUCUGCAGCGCUACCCAGAGCUUUACCCAAAGGAGGACGACGCACCGUCCAGCCAGGCGUCUGAGGAAUCUGCGUCUGCGGAAUCUGCGUCUGCGGAAGCGUCAGACCCAGCAGCUGGCUCUGAGAAGGACUCUGAUCCCACACUGCCUAACACAGAGAGCUCAGCAGAGAGCUAAUAUUGAGCCUUACUGUGGAGCUUAUGGCUCAUUUCACAUUCAGUCAUCUUGUUAUACAUCUGAAAAAAAAAAAAAAAAGAUUUUUCCAAUAAAUAUUCAUCAGAAUUAAAAGUACAAAGAUAAAAGGGCUUGUUUCGUGGAAAAAAAAAACUAAACAAAAACAGGUCAAACUCGUAUCAUACAAGCUGAUCAUGUAGCUGUUUGGCAAAAAUAAGCCUGCUUGAGUAAAAGAGGCCAACAGCAGCUACUGUCAAGUCAACAAUCAUUUCUAUAGGCAGGUGAUUUCUCUGCAGAACAGAACUCAUUUCAUGCAGAACCGUUACAGUUUCAAUUCUGUGACAGAUUAUUAAGGUUUGACUCAUUAAGGUUUGACACUAUGUGGGUUCCUCAGGUCAAAGAUGGGUUAAACAGGAGAUAAUUACUUGACUUUGGUCUGUGAUCUUACAGGACCAAGCUCAUCAUGCUCACCGGGUGCACAUUGUGUAUACUUCUGUUUGCCUUUCUGUCUACUCUGAUUGAUCAUAACUUCAGUAACUUGUGUUUUAAACUAUUGGUUGUGCCCUCCUUUUUACAAAUAGGUUUUACAAAAUUUCGUAGAAAGUUCAAAGUGUAUUUUAUUUUCACUGUCCUGUGGCUGAAUCCUCAGAGAUAUGAAGACUUAAUGUACCGAAGAAUACUUCAGUCACUUUCCAUUGUGAGCUCCUCAGUGUUGUUUCCACUGUUGCCUCUCAGGCUGCACUUAUUCUUCUUAAUUUAUAUCCAGACUUGAAGUAUUUACCUCAUCUGAACCAAACUCAACCUUUUGUGUGCAGCAAAAGAACGAUUGCAGUGAAAAUUGCUGACAGUUUUGUAAUAAAAAGCAUUGUAACUCUUCA